GGGGCGCACGGAGCGGCGCGCGCCGGUCGGCAGAGCCAGGCUGGCGCCCCCGCCCCCCGCUCCGCGCCUCCGUCCGCCCGGCGCCUUCCCCGCUCUUCUUGCCGCCGCUCCUGGCCCUCUGGCCGCUUUCCCUCCCUCCCCUCGGUCCCGCCCCGUCCAGCCCGGGCUGCCCGGCUCCCGCAGGCCCCCCCCGCCGCCCGCGUUCCUAUGGACAGACGCACAGACACCUGCAGGAAAGACACUGCUGAUCCUGUAACAUGGAGGAUUGCCUUCAUACCUCAUCUGAGAAUCUGUCCAAAUUGGUCAGCUGGGCCCACAGCCAUGGGACCAUUUGCAGCCUCAUUCCAAACCUGAAACACUUGCUUUCAGAAGGUUCCCAUGGGAACCUCACAGCAAUGUGGGGCUGUAGUGCUGGCCAUGCUUAUCACUGGCCAUUGACAGCUACUUGCAGAGCUGGGUCCCAAGAAAGGGUCUGUUUCCAGGAUAACAGAAGUUUUAACUCUGAUAGUCCCAGUAUAAUCGGAGUGCCCUCCGAGACACAAACUAGCCCUGUUGAAAGGUACCCUGGGAGACCAGUGAAAGCGAAGCUAGACUGUAAUCGGACCAGAGACUCUUGUGACUUCUCUUAUUGCAGUGAGCCCUCUGAACUGGAUGAAGCUGUUGAAGAAUAUGAAGAUGAAAACACCCUGUUUGACAUGGUUUGUGAGUCUUCUGUUACAGAUGAGGAUAGUGACUUUGAACCCCAAACCCAAAGGCCUCAAACCAUUGCUCGAAAAAGGCCUGGAAUAGUUCCAUCUUCUCUCCAUUCCAGCUCCCAAGCUCAAAUGGUUGAUGAAUGCAGCAAUGAUGUCAUCAUUAAGAAAAUCAAACAAGAGAUUCCCGAGGAUUAUUACAUUGUGGCGAAUGCAGAGCUGACUGGAGGGGUAGACGGACCAGCCCUGUCAUUGACACAGAUGGCAAAACCCAAGCCUCAGAGUCAUGCUGGUCCCUCUUGUAUAGGGUCUGCUAAGCUGAUUCCCCAUGUAACAUCUGCCAUCAGCACAGAGCUGGACCCACAUGGUGUGUCUGCAUCCCCCUCUGUGAUGUCCAGACCGAUCGUCCAGAAGACUGCCAGGGUAUCUCUGGCUUCACCAAACAGAGGACCUCCCAGUGCCCAUGGCACAAACCAGCAGGUGGCCAUGCAGAUGCCUGUGAGCACUUCCCAUCCUAAUAAACAGAUCAGCAUCCCUUUGUCUGCCCUGCAACUGCCUGGACAAGAUGACCAAAUUGCUUCUGAAGAGUUCCUGCCCCAUCUGCCCAGCCAGGUCUCCUCUUGUGAGGUAGCUCUUUCUCCCUCAGUUAACACAGAGCCAGAAGUGAGCUCCAGUCAGCAGCAGCCCCCAGUUGCUCCAACCAUAACCACUGAGGCCACAGCACAGUGCAUACCAGACCAGGAUGAAAGAGCAGCUGAGCUCAGCAGGGAGCAGAAUGAGAAAACCAUCCGGAGCACGCAGACUGCGCUCCGCAAUUUCCCCUAUUCUACUAAGCUCAACAAAUUUCCUGUAUUUAAUAUUAAUGAUGACUUGAAUGAUCUGUGUACCAGUGCCGUGAGCCCAAAUACUACCAAAGCCACGCGGUAUGCCCUGAAUGUGUGGCGAUAUUGGUGCAUGACCAAUGGGCUCAAAGAUCACACAGACAUCACCAAGAUCCCCGCGGCGAAGUUGAACGAGCUGCUCGAGAAUUUUUACGUCACCGUUAAGAAGAGUGACGGCUCCGACUUCCUGGCCACCUCGCUGCACGCCAUCCGCCGGGGCCUGGACCGCAUCCUGAAGAAUGCAGGUGUGGGCUUUUCCAUCACCAGCAGCACCUUCAGCUCUUCCACCAAGAAACUCAAGGAGAAGCUGUGGGUGCUGAGCAAGGCAGGGAUGUCAGGUGCUCGUUCUCGCAAUAUUGUCUACUUUUCUCUUUCUGAUGAGGAGGAGAUGUGGCAGGCAGGGUGUCUAGGGGAUGACAGCCCCAUUACUCUCUUGUCCACUGUGGUCAAGUACAACAGCCAGUACCUGAACAUGCGGACACUGCAGGAGCAUGCAGAUCUGAUGUAUGGUGACAUUGAGCUGCUCAAAGACCCACAGAACCAGCCCUAUUUUGCCCGGACAGACAGUGUCAAGCGGGAGAGCCGGAGCGGUUCCACUAGAGUGUGUCAUGGGAAAAUCUACCAUGAGCAUUCCCGGGGACACAAACAGUGCCCUUACUGCCUCCUCUACAAGUAUAUGUACAUCCACCGGCCGCCCACCCAAAUGGAGGCCAAGUCCCCUUUCUACCUUACAGCCAGGAAGGAGGCCACAGACAUGGGCAGCAUAUGGUAUGAGGAACAGAGGAUGGGACUGCGCUCUCUUCGGGGAAUUGUCCCAAACUUAGCCAAGAAGGUCAAGCUGGAAAACUGUGAGAACUUCACCUUUGUCUCAUUUACUCAGGUCUCUAGGAGACUUGGCUCCCACAGUUGCUGUCAGUGAGUCUUCCCUGGGUCCAGGCCACUGCCCUGCUUACCCUGAUGGGAGGGAGCUCCCUCAGGCGGCCAGGGCCAGAGCUCCAAGGUGGCAGGGGACGACUGUGACAUCAAGGUCAGGCUGGUCUCUGUCAGUGUGACCUGCUGUUUCUUUGACUUCGGGUGUGUUCUUUUUUUUAACUGAAAGUAGAUGGGUCUGAGUAAUUAGGGUAUUUUAUCCAAAUGUGUGUCACCUUUGUUAAAUAAUAGAAUCUAACACAAUGUAUAAUUGUUCCAUACACAAAAGUGGAGGAAGUUCAUCUUAUCUAGUGCCUUUUUAGCACAGAUUUUUCUCAAAAAAAAAAAAAAAAAAGAGGAAGAAAAAGGAGACUGUUUAAGUAGUCAUUAAAAAACUCCCAGUAGCCUAGUAGCUUUAGAAUGUUAUGAAGACUAUAUAUACUUUGUUGAAUUACACUCACAGUAAGGAACUGGAAGGAGAGAGGCAGACAUGUUAACUGUUUCCAGGAGAAAAAUUGCACUCGACACUCCUCUCUGUGUCUUGUUGAUGGAUGACUUGGUUCUGCAGAGCAAGCAGCUUUGGUUGCUAGAAGCUGGUGGGGCUGCACUCAGUAGUGCUGAUAAGAGAGGCGGGGGGCUGCCCCCCACUGCUGUCAGCACAGGAGCAACUUGAUUCCUGCAUCAACGGAGGCAGUUUUAAUUUUAUGGAAAGAGAUUAAUGCACCAGAAGAUGUUUAUGAGAGCAAGGUUUCCGGUGAACUAGAUGGUUUGUAUCAUGAGGGAAUUUCCAGUAGUGGAAAAAAAAAAAAAAAAAAAAGUGGCUUGGGAAAGCGAUCUGUGAUCAAAAUAAGAAAACCUCCUGAAGCAGAAGUGCCUACGUUUUAUUUCUCAGUACCACGUGAAAGCUGUUUUCAUUCGAACGUUUUUUUGGAACUGUCUUUAAUCUGUUCUUUGUGUCACACAGUUGUUCUGUCAGCAUCUAGCACUGGAUCUGUAAAACAACUAAUGGUAAUUUUUCAGCUUAACCAGGAAAAUCCAACAAGGCAAGCUGCAAAGAAAACCCCAAAAUGUGUUCAUUAAAGAGCUUUGAAAUAUGUUUGUCAAAGUAUGACUCUUCCAGCCACAGUAGAUGUCAUCAUUUGAGGUUGGCACCACUGCUUGGGACAUGAUGACGUAGGCAGCCUACCAGGUAAGCAGGCUCAGCAUUUUGGACGUAGUUGUGAGAAUCAGAGCAUGAUGACAGGCUGUUAAUGCAGUUUGAAAUCAUUUCACUCAGGUAAACUUCAACCUGAACACAUGCUGCUGAAACAUCAGCAGAAUUUUCUAAUAACUACUCUGAAUGAUAACUGAGAAAGGAGCCCAAAGAGUGGUAAUUAAUAAUAAUUUCCAGAAAUCUGUAUUUUGUAUUUGAGGAAAGACUGCUACAGCUUUAUACCAGUAUGCUCCUGCGUGUGCUUUCUAAUCCAAAAUUAAAAUUCCAAUAUAAAUUCAUUUUAUAAGAGUCCUAAAAUCAGUCCUGUUUCUUUUUCAAAACAUUAUUUUAGUAUUUAUUUUAAUUAAUCGUUCUUAAAUAUCAUUCACCAGUCAUUGAAAUAUGUAAUACUUCCCUUACCAGAAAAGACUCAGCCAAUGCUGCCUUAAGGUUUAAUGUUUUUCCCUUUUUAGUUAAACUGCACAUUUAUAAUUUUGUUUACUAGUUGAUCUUUCCUGAAUAUGGGUUAAUUUUGGUAUGUCUCCAUGUGUAUAUAAAUAACAGGCAAUACUGAAUAAUCAGUGUUAUGACUUGAUAUUGCGUACUGUUCUGUUGUGAUUUCCUAUAGUGAUUUUAGGAUUUUGCUUAAAAAGAGACACAAAACAUUAGGUACAGUUUUCUUUAGUUUGCUAAACACCCAAAGGCUAUUUUGUUCGUGGAAGGCAGACGGUCAUAUUUUCUGUCAGUUCUGCACUUAAACAGAAAUAUAACCCAUGUGAACUAUUGGGCAGACAGAGCCUACAGCCUAAUUGAAUAAAACCUCCAUCUUUAUUUUAAAUAGAAAUGAGAAGAAGUCGCCAUUAGGGAUCUCCGGGAUCUUUUCAGAUUAUAACAUUUCUGUAAGUAGCAAUAACUGACCCAGAGGUUGUCAUCUUUCUGUUGAGAGUGGCUUUUCAUCAGCUGAAUAACCACCUCUGCCUCACAUUUGUUGCUUAUCACUAUCUGAUGUGUUAUAAAUCCCCAGCGUUCUGAAGUGAAUGGUUAUAAUAAAAAAUCAGGAGGUGGAAUCUUCAGUGCUAUCUGAUGGAAUGAAAGAAUUGUAUCUCAGCAUCAUAAAUGCCGUGCAUUACAUGCCUCCCUUGAGGAGCGCAAAAGUGAGAAAGAAAACACAUAUCAAGUGCUCCUCUGUGCCACACAUUGUACUAGGUGCUUUGUUAUGUAUUUGUGUUAGAUGUGUGUGUAUGCAACACAUACUUUAAAUUUAUAUGUGGUAACACUUGGUAGACCUGCUAAAAUGGCAAAGCACCUGUUCCUUUAUACGGCCAUGUCCAUCCUCAGAGGAUCUGAAGUGGGGCCAGAGUAGCUAGUUCUAGUUGGCAUUCAGCCUUUCCAGCCAGCUCUAAAUCAUGCCCGCUGGGAAUGCCAUGAUUUUCUACUCUUGCCUAAGCCAAGAGAAAGGAGAAUCCCAAGAAAAAGAAGCGGGGAGAUUAAGGGCAUUUUCUCCACUUCCCUUUAUUUACUUAUUUUACUCAAAAGUGGGAGUGAAUAUCAGGAAUUCACAAGCUCAUCUAAGCACAAGUUGCCUCUGGCUUUGCAUCAGGAACUGUACGGCUACAGAUAUUAGGAGAGUACCUGUGGAGUGAGUGCUUUUGGUGAACUCUUGCCCCCAGCACCUGCUGCAUCUGCUCUUAAGUGAGCCCUGCUUGCUAGGUACCUCCUCUCCAGAAUCUAGCAGGUCUCCCCUUGGAAGUUUAUUCCAGCAGAGAUGAUAGGGAAUCAGCUUGAAGGGUAUGAUCCCGCUAAACAUAAAGGCUUUAUUUAAUACCGUACUAGGUGCAUAGGAAGCAUGCAGUAUGUUAGCUAUUUUAGCUACAAUUUUUGGUAAGAAUAAUAAUAAUAUUCAACUAAUCUGCAUUACAUCAAUUAUUUCUUCCAUUGUGGAGAUUCUCUCUCCUUUAAACCGUUAAACUUGAAGAGGAAAACAAACCUGAUAAUCUGGUCACAUUUAUGCCCAUAAAUUCUACCUCCAACACAGCCCAGCCCUGAUACCUCAGCUGUAAGCAAAAACUAGUGAAGAAUGGAGAUGCCUUAAGAGGCUUUAUGAGAAAGCUUUUGCAUUGUUUAGUGUGUUUGCAAAGGGGAGUAAUAUGGAAGAACCUAACCAAAGUUGUGAACGAAAUGGUCUCCUUGGUUGUGUGGCGUUUCCCACCUCUCCUUGGAUUAUAUGCUGUAUUAAUCUGCCAUAACUGUUAAAUGGUGUUUGAAGAAAUGUGAAAUUCUAUUCCUUUGAUUUUUAUUUAAAUUCGACCUUAUUAAAAGCAUCAAGCACUAUACCACUCUCUCAGCAUGUUCAUAGACCGUCAUUGGGAGAAUCUGGACAAAAUAACCUUCAUUUAGAAGCUGAAACCCUUUUCUGUAGUAGGAAGAGGACUUGAUUGGGAGCUCCUUCACCACUCACUUGGCAAUUCUGGUCUCACUUCCAACAACUAUAAUAAAGCGGGAUUGUUGCGAUGGAUCAUCUCCAGCGUGAACAGUAUCACAGUUCCUCAAGCCCAUAUAGUUAGGAAGUGGCAAAACUUGGAAGCAAGAUUCCUAAUUCCUCAAGGUCAUGUAGUGAAUCUCCUAAAUUUUAAGAAGUUUCUUGCUGUACCGGAACACUUUCUUCUAGAAUAACAGUUUUCUUCAAUUUUCAGUUUUCACAACUUCUAAAAUUAUUUUUUGCUAUUUCUAGGCAACAGAAUAUUUGAUUGCUUUUCUCAGUCUAGGCUAAUGCUGGCCACACUUUAAUUACUUAAAUAAAGGAAACAGGAUGUUUAAAUAUUGUGCUUAUCAACAUGCAUCACUUUGUUGCUUUUACUGACAUCUGGAUUGCUAAACCUUGUUGAGCUAGUAACCUAUUUCCUUUAGGCACCAAUAAAUGCAGACAACAAAGACCUCAGAGUUACCUCAUCUUCUCUACAUGAGCUCCAGUUUCAUCUAAGUAAAGGCCCAUGCACAUUUAGAAACUGUUAACAAUUCACAGAUAUUCAAAUUCACAUAUAUCUUUAAAUGUUUUUGCUGUGGGAUUGGAUGUUUAAUGCUCUGUAUUAGGAGAAAAACAUUCAAUUGUAUUUAGUCAGUGUUCUGAAAAAUCUUUGCUGUUUUCUUUCCCCCACAUAGAUUAAUCACCUUAGCAAAACCAUGAGUGGAGGGAGAGAUUGGUGGUGACCUAUGGCUGAGCUCCUUUUGUGAGAGAGGAGGACGCCAUGUGGGCAUGUGGGUGAUUAACUUAUCUCUGGGAAUUCCUAUGUAUUCCAUAUCCCUGACUCCUGACAUCACUGGAUUUCCCAAAUUUCCUUUAUGGGAGGCUGCCCCUCCUUCUGGCAAAGUUUGUUAUGAUUUUGAGUGUUUCCAGUUCUUUAUGAUCCAAGGAAACCAGAGUUGCUUCUCAUGUUUAGUUGUUGAUCAGAAUCAGACUUCUAUGCUCAAUUAAAGUGCUUUAUUAUUUAUCUAAUGCAGCUCAUAUGGAAGUUAAUAAUUUCAGGAAAUAUUUACUAAAACCAAAACAAAAAGAUCACUGGGUUAUAUUGGAUGCAUAUUGCUUACAUUACUAUUAAAAGCAUUUAAAUAGACCCCCAUUGAGAUGAGAUUGGGCUCCUAAGUGUUUUAUAGUCAAUAUAACUGAUAUGAUUAAUUUGCAUUUAACUGUAGUUAUUGUUACAGUUCAAAUAAGCUUCUAGAAGGUUCACAUUUGACUAACAUUAUGGUAAGUGCUUCCUGACAGCUGCCUCAUACUCUCUCUCAUCUAACCUCACAACAGCUCUGCAAGGUAGGUCUAAUUAUUCCCAUGUUACUUAUUGAGAAACCAAGGCUCAGAGAAGUUAAGUAAAUUUCCCAAAGUGUCACAGAGCUAAUAAGGAGAAAUUAAGUUUGGACCCAGGGUCUUCCGGCUUCAAAUAUAGUGCUCAGUCCAUUAGAGAAAACUGUCUUCCUCAGGGCCACAGAGGUCCAUUUAUCACAGAACCUUUAAAAAAUUAAACACAAUUUCUGUUUGGGAAUACUUCAUUUCUCAAGACAUACUGUGGCACACCUUGUAUGCACUCUCUUACUAAUCUGUUGGUCAUUAGUAUGAUUCAGUAGUUCCUGGGAGGCCUGAUGGUUUUCUGUGAACUUUCUGCAUAGUGAUAAGUUUCUGUCUUUAUUCAAUAAAUAACUCGUAUUACCUAUUCUCUAAUCCAAAGGGCAGAUGAUCAUGCCAGCUUAUUCUAAUAAGAGUCAAGUAGUUUACUUACUGCACCUGUUUUGACACUGUUAUCACUGAAUAAAAUGUAAAGAACUACCUAACCUAUGUCACAAUUACAUGCUCGUGUUUUUUACUUUUGCUUUUUAAUUUUGGUGUCCAAGGAUUUUUAUAAUCCUUAGGGUAAAGCACCCUCAUAGCAAAAUAUACUUACCUUAGUCUUUUGUUUUGUAUUCUUCUUUCCUUUAUCAGGGCAUUUUUAUUUUCUGUUUUGAGACUUAAAAAACAAUAGGCUAUAAGUACCUCUGAGAUCACGUAGUCAAAUUCCCUCAUUUUACCUAUAAGGAAAUUGAAGCCCAGAGAUAUUUAAGGGGCCAUCGAAGAUCAGCAAGACAGUAAGUAGAUUCAGUACUAGAAAAUUAUUCCAGAACUCUUUCUUCCAUACCAUAGCUGGGAAGAUUUGGGUUUUUAAAAAUUAAUUAUUGAACUGCAUCUGGAAGAAUGACAUCUGGCUGUCAGAAGCCCCCACUGAGCUCCUAACUUCCCAAAGAAAUACUCAUGGAGACCCCAAAGAAGGCCAAAUCUCAGUUCUAGAAUCUAGAAGGAAUUGGUACAAUUUAUGAGGCAUAUGGUGGUGGAUUGAGGGAAAAUCUUCCAGGCUGUAGCUCACUUUUUUCUCUGGCUUCAUGUCAUGAAAUGGACAUACUGUGAAUAUAAAAAUUUGAAAGAUAUCUAGUAACUCAUUUUCUUCACCAACCAUGUCCUGCCUCCUUGCUCAGGAUCAGGUCUCCCGAGCCAGAAAAAUAACUGACUGAUCCUUCCUCUUAACCAGGAAGCAGACCAUGAAGGUUCUCCAUCCCACCACCCUUCUCCCUGCCCCACCUCCUCCUCAUUCAGUCCAUGACUCCAAACCCUAGGCCCAAAAUGUGAGCAGAAAGCAGAGAGAUCUCUUAGAGGCCUGGUGCAUUCUGUGAAAAAUGUCCUUUAGGUGAGGACAGAUACAACUAAUUGCAGAACAUGCAAAUACUGUAAUUUUUCACGUACAAUAUCAGUUCAGAGAACCAGGAAACCAGGCAAUAGGAUGGAAAAGAAUGCCACUUCAAUAGAAAAGCAUUAAACUUGAAAUUGGACUUGGAAGUAUGCACAUCUCCUUACCCACCACCACAUGUAUCCACAGAAGAGUGUUGACAGAACACUCAGUGUGGACAGAUAGCACAACCAAAGGCAAGUCCUGGAUCUGGGAAGAGACGACCAUAUUUAAGGAUGAGUAUAGAGAAAAAAAAGCAACACGGGGUAUAUAAAAAAAAUGACUGAACCAGGUGAAAUAAACAGCUUCCAAGAGCAUUUGAAAAUGAAAGUGGUCUCCUGCAAGAAACAGAAGUGUAGGGCUCUUCUUGUUGUAACUGAAAGAAGAAUUGCUUCUGUGAAGCAAGUUAUGUCAGAAUGGGACUGGUUCAGAGAAAAAGGAGGUAGAAUAAAAUGAAAAAGAAGAAUGCUUAGAAGGAUUUCAAGGAAGCUAAAACACAUCAGAUUACAAUCCGCACUGGAAGCAGAAAAGAACACAACUGAGCUUAGAAACACACAAAUAAAUCAAUAAUGUGAAGGACAGACUUGAGAUUUUCUUCCUAAUGUCCUUUCAAAAGAAAGAAGAGAUGAAAACAAUGGGGAGAGAUUAAUGGAUUUGGAAGACAGAACAUUAGCUAACAUUCCUGAGUUUUGCUUUCCUGAUGGAAAAACUAGAAAGGACUCACUGCAUUCCUGGUCAAAAAAUAAAAUAAAAUAAAACCAAAGAGACCUGUACCUAAGCACACCCUGGCAAAAAAUGUCAAACUACCAAGGACAGAGAAUGAAGAAUCCUGCAGGCAUAUCCAGCCAGAAAGUCACCAGUUGCCUCUCAGAAAACAAAAGAGCUUUCUGGCUUCAACCUUCUAUUCUAUAGCACCAAAUGCCAGGAAACUAUAGGGAAUUUUGAGGGGAAACGUUGUGGAAUUUUGGAAUUAGAUACACGUUAAGAUACAGAAAGGAUGUUUAGUUAUGACAAGCAUUCAGGAAAUAAACCAUCUAUGUACUAUUCUAGCCUACAAAGUUUGGUUUAUAAAGCAAUUUUUGCUUAAUAUAAUUUCAAGGGACUCUGGGGUAUUAAAUAUCAGAUCAUUUACCCACCAGAAGAAGGAAAUAUAUGCUUUUAAAUAGGUAACAUGGUUAGAAGCCACAUAUCUGAAAGUGCCCUAGGUCCUCGCAUGAAUGGGCUUCCCUAAUGUAAGAAAAUGUACCUGAAAAUAAUUGCCGUUUGACAGCAUUGUGUUUUUUCAUUUUUAUUACUGAAGUAAUGCAGUGUUCAUUAUAGUAUAAAUAGAAAAUUCAGAUACAUUCCUUACAAAUAAAAUUUAAAUGGCCCUCAAUUUCCUCUGCUACCACCUAAAACACUAUUCUGAGAGAGUCCUUUGCUUCUAAGUGAGAAAAGGCAAAGGGGUCCCCACUUCUGUUUUGGGGUCUGAGAGCCUGAACUAGACCUUUGUUGAGGCCAUCCCAUGUGCUUGUCCCUGCUCCUCUAAUUCAGAACUAACAGGUGCCAAGGUAGAAAAUUACAGAAUCUAUAUCUGUGUUUUAAAAUGAGACCAGGGAAAACAAAUCUUGUUUUCGAAUACAAGAGUGGUCCAGUUGGAACAGCAGGAAGCUGGCCUGGGGCAGUGAGAGUGACUUCUUUAGCUGUGCUCGAAGUUUUAAAUUCAGGUAUUAAGGGAAUAGAAGCAUUAAAAAAAAAAAAAAGCUAAUUAAUUACUUCUGGAGUCUAAUGUCAACGUUAGAACUGAAGCUGGGUUGUGUGGUUUGGUUUUUCAUUCGCUUGCACUGGAAGGACUUGAAAAGACCCAGGAAUGUUGAGUAUCAUUGGCCUUAAUGCUCAGUUCCUUCCUGACAGUAUAAAGGUUUAUCUGUGCCCCAAGUUUCCUUGCAAUUUAAACUCUAAAUUAAAUUUUCAACACGACAAGCAUAUUUGCUUUAAAUUUAGCAAUAGAAUAGUUAAUAGGUUGUUUUGCAUUUGCUUAGUUUUCCAUUCUGAAGCACAGCAAACCUCUUCCAGAUGGAGAGAGUCUCUUUUGGAUAGGUUCCAAGUGUAACCUUUUCCAAGGUCCCCUGUUGCUUGGCUGUGACUGACAAAAGUCUGUUCACUGUAACUGCUUAAAUGAGAAACGCAGUGCUUUUAUUUAACAUUUUAAAUAUUUUCUAUGUGGCUGUAUGUUCCAAAUGAUAACAACAAAGCUGUGUCCUAAUGUUUUCGCUAUUCUGGAUGUGUUUUUCUUUUCUUAGUGUAGAGGAGGAUAUCCAUCAUUUCUUAACACUGGAAACAUCAUCCUGAAUCACAUAAGAAAUGGUCAGUAACUUGAAUGAUUUUAAUGUACCACUUUUCAACUUUUUAUUACCCCCCCAUGCCUGUACAUGUACACACACACACACGUGCACGUGGGGGAAAGCACAUGUGGCAUCUGUCUUCUGUCAUAGAACGUCAGAGGUGAGACAGACUUUCCUGUUCAUCUAGUCCAGCCCUCUAGCUGAUAGUCUAUUAGUCUGGUAACAGUUUGCAAGGUUCUGGGUUUUGUUUUGUUUUGUUUUAAGUUGUUGUUGUUUGGUUUAUGUAUGUGCAGCUUGACUGUUUACCCCAGAUUUUUGAAAAUAAAAAAUUUAAUCUAUA